UGACGUCACUGAAGCGUACGGAAGAAUCAGGAAGCUGUUCGGGUUGAUCUGUUUAGAUUCUGAUCCACAGGAGAGAUUUUAUAAAAUAUUCAUAUUCCUGCAGAAAUAUUACAUUAAAACAGUAAUAAGUCGUCGGUAAAAUGUCACAGGACCUGUGGCUACAGAAUUAUGACGCUACCUGCAGACUUGCUCAGGAGAUCGCUGAGAACAUCCAGGAGCGGAACCGACAGCAAAGAACCGGCGGAAACCCGGCCAAGCUGAACAUGACCCUACGAGCGUCUCUGCAGAAAUUGAAGCAGAACAUCACCCAGCUGAGGGAGACACUCGCUCGAGCCUCGUCCCAGCGCCGCAUCAUGCAGAGUGAAGCGGAUCGGCGCCAGAGCCUGGUGGACGAUUUAAUGACCAGAGAGAAACAGCUGUUCAGCUCGUUCAGUCGAGACCCGAGUGCUCCGGAACCGUCACGUUCUGCCUUGUUAACGGGAGGAUUUGGGGUGGAGCCUGCACAGAAUCCAUGGCUCGUUAACGAAUCAGAGGAGACGCGAGGACUGACGUUCAGAGAGAUCAAAGAGCAGCAGCAAUGCAUCAUCCAGGUUCAGGAUGAAGGUCUGGAGGUGUUAGCAGAGGUGAUCAGCAGACAGAAGCGAAUGGGACAGGACAUCGGAAAUGAACUCGAUGAACACAACGAGAUCAUUGAUGACAUCACACGGCUGGUGGACACGACAGACAGCCGCAUCCGCAACGAGACACGCAGAGUCAAACUAGUGGAGACCAAAUCAGCUUCAUGUGGUAUGCUGGUGGUGAUCGUGUUGCUGCUGAUUGCCAUCGUGGUUGUUGCUUCUUGGCCGACAUGAACUGAUGAUGGACACAAACAGCUGUGAAACACACACACACACACACACACACACACACACACACACACACACACGUUUAUUUAAUUUUUUUGACUUUUUUUUUUAAGAAGUGUUCAUGAAUGUCGUUCUGUUACAUAGUAUGAAAUUUGAAACAAACACUCUCUCUCACACACACACACACACACACACACACACACACACACACUGUAUGACGUCUCAUUACUGUAUUAAUAACUUUCUAAUAAACAAACAUUUAACUCUC